AUGAGCGCGGCGGGGGUGGCAGCUGGGGCGCGGCCCCUCAGCUCGGCGAUCCCGGGUUCCCGGGGCACUUCGCGCCCGCGCCAGCGCCCGCCCGCGAGCCACCAGUACCUGGGGUCUCACAACCCGCAGCUCGGGCACAGCGAGGCUCAGAAGCGGGUCCUGGACCUGGAGAAGAGCCUGCAGUUCCUGCAGCAGCAGCACUCGGAGACGCUGGUCAAACUCCACGAGGAGAUCGAGCACCUGAAGCGGGAGAACAAGGAUCUCCACUACAAGCUAAUAAUGAAUCAGAAGCCACAGAAGAAAGGCAGCCUCUCCACUUCGAGCUUUCAGUCCAUCAAGUCCAUUUCGAAUUCGACGGUGUCAGCCAGCUCUCAAAACAAGGCCAGACCUCAGCCCAGCUCCUUCAAGAAGCAAGACUUGAAAGCUGACGUCCCCCAGAAAACAGACCUGGAGGAAGAGCCCUUUAGUGCUGCCCUGUUUCACCACAGCAAGCUGGACAGAGUCCCUGGGGCACAGAGGCAGGCCAAAGACGAGGAAACAGAGACCUCUAAUCCAGGAGCUGCCUUGGUGGGGGGCAGCCAGGUGCCAGGGGCACCUCGAUCAGCGAGCUUGCCCCCGCACCUGCGCAAGCCCACCACGCUGCAGCAGUGCGAGGUGGUCAUCCGCCAGCUGUGGAACGUCAACCUCCUGCAGGCCCAAGAGCUGCAGCACCUCAAGUCCCUCCUGGAAGGGAACCAAAGGCCCAAGGCUGCCCCCGAGGAGACUGGGCCCAGCUUUCCCAAGGACCAGGAGGCCAUGCAGUUACCCAAGGUUGCCAACAAGGGACUCUCUAAGAAAUGCCUGAUUCUGAGCCCAGUGCCUGUGGCGGAGCGCUCCAUCCUGCCUGCACUGAAGCGGAGCCUGAAAAGCAACUUUGCUGAGCGGCAGAAAAGGCUGCAGGUAGUACAGAGCCGGCGCCUGCACCGCUCGGUGCUCUGA